ACCGAAGUGUCACCAGAGUCGGGGGGCGGAAACGCGCGCGUAAAUAAAAAAGAAAAGAGAAUCCGACGAGCGAAAAAGCGAUAGAGAGAGAGACAGAGAGCGCGCGAAAGACGCAAAAGCGACUCGCGUCGCUUUAUCGAUCAUUGACGACGAGCCCUUCGCGAGUGACGGAGCGAGGCGCGCGCGCUCGAACCGGAAGUACAUGUCCAUGAUCGACGGUGCCCAUCCGCGCGACAUACUGAUGCCCGUGUCGCAGGCAGUGCGUGCCAAGAGUUUGUUACGCGCAAACUUGGAGAAUUCACGCGUGCGUGGCCUGCAGAGCAGAAUGCCGAACAUCAAGGUCUUCAGCGGGACCUCGCAUCCGGAUCUCGCCCAGCGGAUCGUGGAUCGGCUCGGCAUCGACAUCGGCAAGGUUGUCACCAAGAAAUUCAGCAACCUCGAGACAUGUGUGGAGAUAGGAGAAUCUGUCCGUGGCGAGGAUGUGUAUAUCGUACAAAGUGGAAGCGGCGAGGUGAACGAUAAUCUAAUGGAGCUCCUGAUUAUGAUCAACGCCUGCAAAAUUGCCUCCGCAUCCCGGGUGACUGCAGUCAUUCCUUGUUUUCCUUAUGCAAGGCAGGAUAAAAAAGACAAGGGCAAUGAUGCUGGAGACUCUAAAAAUCAAAUUAUCAUGAAGUCGAACGAGUGGAAAUUCAGGAGUCGCGCGCCAAUCUCUGCGAAGCUAGUGGCGAAUAUGCUUUCCGUAGCGGGUGCUGAUCACAUUAUCACAAUGGACUUGCACGCUAGUCAAAUACAAGGAUUCUUUGAUAUCCCGGUAGAUAAUUUAUUUGCCGAGCCAGCUGUCCUCAAAUGGAUUAAGGAGAAUAUUGUUGAAUGGCGAAAUAGUAUCAUUGUUUCCCCUGAUGCGGGCGGCGCCAAGAGAGUCACAUCCAUCGCGGAUCGAUUAAAUGUCGAGUUUGCGCUUAUACAUAAAGAAAGGAAAAAGGCGAAUGAAGUCGCCAGUAUGGUAUUGGUCGGAGACGUCAAAGACAGAGUUGCGAUCCUCGUAGAUGAUAUGGCCGAUACCUGCGGCACUAUCUGUCAUGCGGCGGAAAAGCUAUUGGAAGCUGGUGCCACAAAAGUUUACGCAAUACUUACGCAUGGUAUAUUUAGUGGCCCGGCAAUUAGUAGGAUUAAUAAUGCAUGCUUCGAGGCUGUGGUAGUGACUAAUACUAUUCCCCAAGAUGGUCAUAUGAAAGAUUGCCCAAAGAUUCAGUGCAUUGAUGUAUCGAUGAUGUUUGCUGAAGCUGUAAGGCGGACACAUAAUGGUGAAUCUGUAUCAUAUCUGUUUUCAAAUGUACCGUAUUAGAUGAAAAUCUUCCUAUUUCAAAUUGAGAUUUAUGUUCUAUUUUUUCAUGAAUUUUUUCUAACUAAAUUUGACAUUUUACUCGAUGUGAAUCUUGAUAAA